AUGGCGCUUCGAACGGUUCUUCUCACGGUUGCCAACCUCCUCAUCCCGAUCGCGAUACUGGUCUUCGCGACAGGCUUCUUCCCGUACAAACCUUUUAUGCCCGGAUUAGCGGAGUAUGAAGAGCUUGCGUGGUCUGAGAAGAUGGGAGAGGAUUGGCAGAAGCCACCCGCGGCACCGUUUGACAAGCUUAUCUUCAUGGUUGUUGAUGCGCUGAGGAGCGACUUCGCGUACGGAGAGGAAAGCGGCAUGACUUUUGUGCAGAGUCUGAUACGAGACGGAACCGCGCUUCCGUUCACGGCUCACGCUACCUCUCCCACGAUCACCAUGCCCCGCGUCAAAGCCAUAACGACAGGCUCCAUACCCUCCUUCGUAGACGUAAUCCUAAACUUCGCCGAAUCAGACACGACGUCCACCCUCGCGACGCAAGACACCUGGCUCGCGCAGAUCAAGGCGAAGGACUAUGAUGAUGGGAAAGGAAAGCUGAUCAUGUACGGCGAUGACACCUGGCUGAAGCUCUUCCCGAACGUGUUUGAGCGCGCCGAUGGCACAAGCAGCUUCUUUGUAUCGGAUUUCACAGAGGUUGACAAUAAUGUGACGAGGCAUGUUCCCAAUGAGUUGCUGAACAGUGACUGGAAUGCUAUGAUUAUGCAUUAUCUGGGCUUGGAUCAUAUUGGGCAUAAGGCUGGUCCUAAGAGUCCUAACAUGGUCCCUAAGCAGGUCGAGAUGGAUGGAAUUGUCCGCGACAUCUACGCAGCCAUGGAGAACGAAGACCACCUCUCCAACACUCUCCUCGUACUCUGCGGCGAUCACGGCAUGAACGAUGGCGGCAACCACGGUGGCUCAUCGCCAGGCGAGACCUCUCCCGCACUCGUCUUCAUGAGCCCGAAGCUCAGCAAAGUCACUGAAGCGGCUGACAAGCGGAGUCCCAUCAAACCGAAGAACGAAGGAGAGUUCGAGUACUACCGCUUGGUUGAACAGAGCGACAUUGCCCCGACACUUGCAGGUCUGCUUGGAUUUCCUGUCCCACAGAACAAUCUCGGUGUCUUCCUGAAGGAGUUCCUCGGGUUCUGGGAUAAUCCGUCGGACCGCAUGCAGCUUCUUUACCGCAAUGCUAAGCAGAUGAAGAAGAUUGUCAAAGCCAAAUAUACCAAUCUACGAUUUGACGAACAGACAUUGACGGAAGGCGAUCUGGGGUUCACAUGCUUCCAACCUGGGGAAAGCCGCUCGCACCUAUCUGACGGCCAGUUGCUAGCGUGUCUCUGGCAGGCAGCUGUCGGUACGAUCAGCAGUGGUGCCGACUUCCAAGAAAACGUCUACGAAUUCAUGCACGAAGCCCAGGAGAUGAUGUCCAGCACAGCCUCGAACUACAACGUCACUCGCCUCUUCCUCGGAACCUGUCUAGCUUUCCUCAUCUGCACCCUGAGCUAUUCCACACUCCCUGCUUUCCGACCUGCCACGCCAGCUGGCAUCUACUACGGCUUCGCCCUCGUACUGUACGCUGUCCUCAUGUUCGCAUCCUCAUACGUGGAAGAAGAGCACAACUUCUGGUACUGGGCCACAUCCGGCUGGUUCCUAUGCCUCUUCUUCAACAACAUGCGGAAGGAAUGGUACAACAAUUGGAUCUUCCAUCCUGCCGUCUUGGCACUGGCCAUACACAGGAUUGUCAGACGAUGGAAUCAGACUGGGCAGAAGUACGCUGGCGCCGACGACAUCGUCAACAGCGGCCUCUUCCACGGUAACUCGUCCGUCAUACUCUGGAUUUUCAUCGGCGCUACGUACAUGGAUGUCACCAUUCGUAUAGCCAGGCAUGUCGCGCGUUCUAUUGCGACCUUCGACGGCGAACAGAAGAUGCACAGUGUGGAGAUUGAGUCUACGGAUCAGAAUCGCAUGUUUGGUACUAUUGCUGUACUACCGCUUUGCGGCACGGCGUUGAUCUUCAAACUCGCCUUUACCGUCAAGGAUGCACCCGAGAUGACCUACGGCCUGAGCGCAGGCUUGGUAGAAAUGGUCGAGACGUUGGAACUCGUAGGUCUUGCGCGCAUGGUAUUCGGAGGUUUACUUCUGAGCGGCGUCUGGAUCACAUUCGCAGAGUGGACACGCUCACAGCGGAGAAAGAGACGAGGAAAGCAAGGCAACGGCGAACUCGCCGUCGCCUUCUUCGACCUGACAACGCUCUUCCUGCUCACGCAGACAAAAGCACAAAACAUACCCCUCUACUUCCUCUUCCGACUCCAAUACUUCUUCCUCACCCUCCUCGACCUCACCCCCACAGCCGUAACCCUAACAACUCUCCUCCUAACCCAAACCUCCUUCUUCGCCCUCGGAAACAGCAACUCCAUCUCCUCCAUCGACCUGUCAAACUCCUACAACGGCAUCUCAGGUUACAACGUGCUCGCUGUCGGUGUACUGGUGUUCCUGUCGAACUGGGCGGGACCUUGA